AUGGCAGUUAGCUCUUCUGCACAAUGGUUUUAUGAAAAUAGUUGUCUUAGGCAACUACCUAUAAGUGGAGAAGGUUUAAGAGGAGAGUUAUUACAGAGAUUGAUCAAUCAAGAUGAUGUGACAUGUAUUGAUCAACUUCGUAUGGAUAUUAGGUCUUUUAAUUUGUUAUGUGCUCUCCUCCGUAAUGAAGGUAAAUUGAAAGGGGAUGGAUUGGUCACAAUUGAGGAACAAGUGGCUAUGUUUCUACACAUAUUGGCACAUCAUUCAAAGAAUCGUGUCAUAAAGUUUCUCUUUAAGCGGUCGGGAGAAACAAUUAGUAGGUAUUUUAAUAAGGUGUUGAAUAGCGUUGUACGAGUGCAUGCAUCACUCCUUAGAGCACCGGAUCCUGUAUUAGAAGAUUGUUUAGAUGAAAGAUGGAAGUGGUUUAAGAACUGUCUUGGGGCACUAGAUGGAACACACAUUGAAGUUAAUGUUCCAGCAAUUGAUAAACCAAGAUAUCGUAAUAGAAAAGGGGAUAUAUCUACCAACGUCCUAGGUGUAUGUGCUAGAGAUAUGAGGUUUAUAUAUGUGUUACCCGGAUGGGAAAGAUCUGCAUCGGACUCAAGGAUAUUACGAGAUGCAAUUUCUAAGAGAAAUGGUUUAAAAGUUCCAACAGGUUACUAUUAUCUCGUGGAUGCUGGGUAUGCGAACUCUGAAGGAUUUCUUGCUCCAUAUAGAGGUUAUCGUUACCACCGCAGUGAGUUGAAACGUGAAUCCACACCACAAUGUAAAGAAGAGCUCUUCAACAUGAGGCACUCUAUGGCUAGAAACAUGAUAGAGAGAACCUUUGGAUUGUUAAAGAUACGAUGGGCAAUACUUAGAAGUCGAUCUUUUUAUUCACUCAAAGUCCAAAACAACAUAAUAAUUGCUUGUUGCCUCUUACACAAUUUCAUUAGAAGAGAAAUGUCUAUCGACCCAUUGGAAGCACAACUAGAUUUGGAACUUGAAGCACAAUUACACAAUGAGGAUGUGGCACAUAAUGAUCCUAUUAGUACGAUUGAGACAACUGAGGAGUGGUCUGCCUGGAGAGAAAAUUUAGCUACACAGAUGUGGAAUGAAUGGGUUGCUACUAGAAAUAUGAAUUAG